AUGAUAAUGUAUACUGUCGCAGACGAUCACAUGGGGGAGAAUGAAAUCGCCCAGGUGAUAGCAUUGGUAUGUGGAAUAAUCGUGAUCCUGCUGAUGAUAAUGGGACUGGCGUCGGCGGACUGGCUGAUGGCGGUUGGAUGGCGUCAAGGAUUGUUCACACACUGUAUUGCGGAUGGUGCAGAGACGCCGCUGCCUUUUAACGUUGUAGCUGAACCCGGAUGCUAUUCCGCCAGAGAUGUUGGCUACAUAAAAGCUGUCGCUGCUUUGUGUAUUGUUUGUUUGGUGGCAGAUAUCGCGGGGACUCUGCUCACCUGGCUUGGGCUUAAGUCCAAGGAUCACAGGAAUAAACAUCGCUGUUACAGGAUGGCUGUCAUUUGCAUGUUACUGGCUUUGAUAGCUCUGCUGAUCGCGUUGAUAAUUUACCCAGUGUGUUUCACCGGAGAGCUGAAUCUCGGGAAUAGAACAGUCUGGGAGUUCGGAUGGGCUUACGGGGUCGGCUGGGGCGCAGCGAUAUUCCUCUUCGGUGCGGUGAUACUCCUGUGGUUCGACAAAGAAAGCGAGGAAGUAUAUUACAAAGAGCGUAAAAUAGUGCGCGAAGACAUGACAAGUGGCGGAAACAAUGCCAUGAUUGGCCACGGAAUUGCCAGCCACCAUGGCACCAUGAGAACUGGGCUCCAACAUGCCUAG